AUGGCUGGUGUCAAAGAAAUUCACAACUAUCCUUUUGACCCAAUUAUUAAGUUUAAACAACCAAGAUGUAGUUUCUCAUAUAAAGUUAUAAAAGAAGGAAUACAUCUCUCAAAAGGAACCAAAACAUCAAGCAUUUAUUUAUUUGGCCUUCAUCUUAAAAUAUUGGAUAAGGCAAAAGAUAGAAAAUGA